UUCAACACCAGGGGUCUCUGGCGCUUGUAAAUGGACGACGCCUAGAAAUACACUUGUCAGGAUUUACCCGACGAGAAUAAUUGACAAUUGAUUGUUGUUUAGAGAGACGGAGCAGAACAUCAUCGAUCCAUCAUGGGGGACAACCAUAAGUCUCUCUAUGCCAAACUCACAGUUGACGUUGUCAUUGGACCUGUUCUAGAAAGGUUGGAGGGGAAGGAUAUAUCAGCUGCUCAAACUCUCAGGGCUGCAAUAGGAAAGGCCGACACAUCUCUGCCAGGGCUGGCGUUCGACUUCCUGCGGGUGUUGUUGCGGAAGGCGGAGAUCAGCGAGAAGGUGGAUCUGUGUGAAACACUCCUCCGACUCGGGGGAGCUACAGAAACAGACGAGCUUCGAAUUCCACGCUCCGAGCCGAUCUACCAGGAGUUGAACCACUGUGCCGGGGACCUGAAGCGGAUACUCAGUCGCAUUCCAGAACAGAUCUACGACAGGAAACAGUUUUUGGAGACAAUCAAGGAGAUUGCUAACUCCAUCAAGACCCUCCUCGAUGCAGUGAAUCGGGUGAUAGGAGAGAUGGCUCCCUCCGAGAAUGGCAGCAAACAGAUUCUUGAAGACAGAAAGAAGGACUUUGUUCGAUAUUCCAAGAAGUUCAGCAACACACUGAAAGACUAUUUUAGGGAUACCAACCAGAAUCAAAAUGUCUUCAUCAGUGCGAACUACCUGAUAUACCAAACCAACGUGAUCAUGAAGACGGUACGACAGGAGUGCUACUAGAACCUGUCAAGAUACAUCAUCCUCAUUCCUGGCCCAGCCUCCAGACUCUCUGUCCCUGAUGGAGGAUCUGCAACUACAGCCAUCCUUCUGUAACAAAGAUCCAAGCACCUUUUAUCAUUUGUGUUAAAUUGACUGUUUAUGUGAUCACAUAUUGAAAUGCUCUGCAGUGCAUUGCAACAGACUGAGAUAGUCACGAAGACAGAACUGACAUGGAUUUCAAUGUCUUUACUUCUAUCAAUGUGAUGAUUUGGUACAGAUGCUGGUUAGCUCUGUGUUUAUUGAUGCUACAUAUUCUAAGAUGACAGUAUUGAGAUAA